ACAAGCUCAGCACCACACUACCAUGAACCCCUGCCCCGACGACAUCCCCUCCUCCAUCCUCAUGAAUGACCCUUUUGAUCCCCACUCCUUUCCAUGUCCUGUCCCCUCCUCCAAUGUCUCCUCCGGCAACUCCACCAUCACCUUCACCUCGCCGCAGGACGCUUCAUCGUCGCCUUCAGGCUCUGAUCGAAUCCCACUCCAACGCCUGGAUCUACGCCAUCCUCUGGCGUUCCUCUUCAAAUGCCAUUCUUUCGUGGGCCGAUGGCUUCUAUAAGGGCUCUCUUGUUCCCCCCAUCAAACGCCGGCAAAGCCGCAACUUUUCUCCGGCGCAAGAGCAUCGCAAGAGCGUGCUUCGCGUCUCAACUUCGGCCAUUGACGAGGAGGUGACUGACACAGAGUGGUUCUUCCUCAUCUCCAUGACCCAUUCCCUGGUAGCUCCCACUUUCCUCCCGAUCCAGGCUCAAAUGUCCGGCGAAACAAUCUGGAUUUCGGGAUAUAAUCGAUUGAUUGACACGCAAUGUGAUCGCGCGCACCAGGCGGCUGCGCUUGGGAUUCGCACAAUGGCUUGCAUUCCCGUCGCGGGUGGCGUGCUGGAACUGGGUUCCACAAAUGAAGUAUUUGAGAACCUCGAAACCAUUAGCAGAGUUAGGGAUUCUUUUGGCUUUCACAUCGCAAUUUCGAAUCCCCAAUUCUAUACUGAGGACCCAAUUUCGUGCGGUGUUUCCACCUCUAUUCUCAAAGCCGGUGGAUCGGAGAACUCCGACCGACCUAGAAAGCGCUGCCGAAAGACGGUGAAGGGUCCUGAGGUGCCUCUCGAUCACGUAGAAGCAGAGCGGCAGCGGAGAGAGAAGCUUAAUCAGCUGUUCUACAGACUUCGAGCUCUGGUGCCUAAUGUGUCCAAAAUGGAUAAAGCCUCCCUGCUCAGCGACGCCAUCGAGUACAUCACGGAGCUCCGGAAGAAGAUUGGGUCCCUCGAAUCCUGUAAUGAAUCCCUUCGUUCUCAGGUGGAUGCUCUGAAGAGCAAUGCCGAUCGCGUGCGACGGGGGUUUUGUGGAACAGAAGAAAAAUUGGAGGGGGUUGAAAUGGAGGUGAAGGUGAUUGAGAUGGAGGCGAUGAUCAGAGUGCAGAGCAAGAGGAAAGGUUACCCUCCGGCCAGAUUCAUGGCGGCGCUCGAUGCGGUAGGGCUCGAGCUGCUUUAUGGGAGCCUGUCGGUGGUGAAGGAUCUCAUGGUGCAGCAGGUUACGGUGAGGAUGGCCGAUUGUAGCUCUCAGGAGAAACUCUGUAAGGAGAUCUUUGCAAGACUUGGCGGCGAUGCGGCGGCGGCGGCGGCGCCGGCGAACACAAGAAUUUAA